GGGUAACUACUCCAGAGUAGAUGGGUCAGUUCGCAGACCCCGUUUCCAUCCUUGCGGAGGGGGAGUUGCCCCACCAGUCAGCCAGUCAGCCAGUCACAGUCCACCUGGACUGCGAGCCAGGCUCGGUUAGGUGGGUAUGGGCCGCGAGCGUGGGGUGGUGAUGGUGGUGGUGGUGAUGGUGGUGGUGGUGAUGGUGGUGGUGGUGGUGAUGCUGCUACGAACUACUGCUGCUGCCGGCUGCAAGCUGCAGGGCUCACUUUCCCCUCCCAGAGUGGGCACUUUGAUUCACGCAUCAUCCGGAUGUGGGAAGACGACUCCGGACGUGAGUGUUUGCGUGCUUGCUUGCCGCCUGCUUUCGUCCGUCACUGGCUGACUGACUGGCUGGCUGGCUGGCUGGCUGGCUCGGUGGCUGUCCAUGGAUGCUGGAUGGAUGGCUGUCUGUCUGGCUGUCUGUCUGGCUGUCUGUUUGCCGGUCCGACUCUCAAAGCCAUCCAUCCUACCGGCAGCUCCCACGGCACAAGGCGCAAGUUAACCGGCAAUGCAAGUGUCGGAAUGACAAGCGAGACUGAAUGUGUGCACCUCAUCUUGCUCAGUCUGAUGUCGAGGGAGGCGGCGGCCACCAGGUCGCCCCCCAAGAACCCAUCGAAAUAUAUAAACCUCCCUCCACUCCAUCCUAACAUCAAUAUUCAAUCCCAUCAGCAUUCGGAACAUUACCAUCACUGCCAUCACCACCACCACAACCACAACCAACCCACUGCAACCACCCCCAUCCUCCCCAACACCAACAGCUCCAUCGCUGCCAGCCACACUCGCACUCCCACAGACGAAGUCCUCUGAUUCAACACCAUACAAACUCCAUCACCCUUCCUCGCCUUUUCGACAGACCCCCUACCAAAAUCCCAUGUCUUCCACCAUGACCACCUCCGUGCACACCAACGGCGCCUCGUCCAGCAGCGACAGCUCCUACAUGCGCCACCACCAGAGCCACCACGACACCUCCGCGGACCCGAUCCAGUCGUACGCUCGCAU